CGCUGUGCCGGAGCAAAGACAAAUCACAAUAGCUUGAGUUUUCUACAAUCUCUGAGGUUUAUAUAUACAGUAUAUAUAUAUGGAAUAGAGAACGACGAUAUUAAGACACCUUUGCAUGCGUCUUUGACUUUUAAACCACAAUCAAUGCAAGACGUCUAAAAGCUUGUAUUUCUAUCUAUUGUGACACAGAGGCUGGGUGCUCUCCCUCUUUCUGUUAGGAUCGUUUACUAAAUGCUGACCGCAGUCCACGUUCAUUGUCCAGCGCUUCUCUUGAGCGAACUGGUCCAGCAAGUUAUUUCUGGGCUGGUGUCACAGAGCCUCAUAUCGAUCUACCGGCAUACCUGCGGCUGCACGGACACUGCGUCUUUGGAGACAGUCCUGAGUGCCUUUUUUCUCACUUCCAGCGAAAGUCCUCUGGUACAGCCAUGAGGUGCUUCACCGCGAUUUUGAUCUUUCUCUACUACGUCGGAUUUGUUGGAUGCAAACCUUCGUCCCCCUGUCCGAGUGGACAAUUUAUGCUGAAGAACCAGUGUGUCCUCUGUCAUCCCACCUGCUCUGAGUGCGACGGACAUGAGCUGUUUGAAUGCACUACCUGUGGAGUUGAUGAAGAUGGACAGGAACGUUUCCUCCACCAAGGUCGCUGUCGGACACACUGCCCCCGGGGACUCUAUCCUGACAGGGGUCACUAUGCCUGCCUGCCCUGCAUAGCCAAUUGUGAACUCUGCACAGAUGGCAACAUAUGUGCUAAAUGUCGAGAACACUACAAACUCCAGAAUGGGGUCUGCCAAACAGCGCUCUGUGACAUAGGGCAGGUGCAGGAUGCUGAUACAGGAGAGUGCAUUGACUGUGAGAUGGGAUGCAAAACAUGUUCCACAGGAGACCCUGAGAUUUGCAACAGCUGUGUUGAAGGUUACUUCCUUUUCAGACACCAGUGUCGCAAGCACUGCCCCCGGAGCACAUAUGAGGACUGGGGCAGGGGUGUGUGUCUGUCCUGCCCAGCACCAUGCACAGAUUGCAGGAGUAACGCACGCUGCCUUGCCUGUCAGCCUGGUUACUUCCUGAAUGGAGGUGAUUGUAUUAAACAGUGCCCACAGCAAACCUUCAGUGACUCCAGUGGGUGGCGCUGUCAGCCUUGCCACAGCUCAUGUCAGACAUGCCACGGGCCGCGGUCAACAGACUGCGACUUGUGUCUCGGUGGGAACCCUCCUCUACAUGGGCAGUGCCCUCUGAUGAACUGCCCAAUGGGACAAUACUUUGAUGGAAAAUAUGGUGAAUGUCACGCAUGUGAUGCAUCCUGUGAUACCUGCUUUGGCCCACAACCACAGGACUGUUCAUCUUGUUUCAAAGGAUAUUUCCUGGACCAGGACAGUUCUUGUGUAAUGCAUUGUCUAACUGGCUCCUAUGCAAACUCCGCUACUCAACUGUGUGAGACAUGUUCACCCAACUGUGAAGCCUGUGUGGACACCAGUGACAACUGCAUCAGCUGCUCUAAAGGCAGCCAUAAACUUUUUCUCCAACAGGGGAGGUGCUGGUCGGAAUGCCCAGAAGGUUUCUUCGAGACUGAAGAGGGGUCGUGUGAAGCCUGUGAUAGCUCCUGUCUGACAUGUGAUGGUACCAAGUCCCAGUGUCUGUCCUGUGCUGAUGGCCACUACUUAGAGAGUGGUUUGUGUAGACUGAACUGUUCACUGCGGACAUACCCUGCAGAUGACGGUACCUGCAGACGCUGUCCUCCCCAUUGUGACGUUUGCUCAGACGACAGGACCUGUUUCAAAUGCAGUUUCCUUUACCUGAUGCUGAACGGUGCGUGCAAGGCUAGUUGUCCCAUGGGCUACUAUGAGGACAUGGAGGAGGGCCGCUGUGGUCAGUGCCACCCUACCUGUGGCAGCUGUUCUGGGCCUUUGGCAGAUGACUGUGAGACCUGCUCAACAUUUAGCCCCAAACUCUAUAAAGGUGCAUGCUCGAAGGACUGCCCCGCUGGCACUUACUAUGAGACUGAAGCUACAGAAUGUCAAGAGUGCCACCAGACGUGUAUGAGCUGCUCCGGCCCAGAUGCAAACCAGUGCACCCAGUGCGAAAAGGGACUUGUGCUGGAUCCAAACACACUGUUAUGUGGUGUGACAGGUGACACAGACUGCCCACCAAGAACCUACCUACAUGACGACCAGUUCACCUGCAUGGGUUGCCACCAGCACUGUUACUCCUGUGAGGGACCGGGCAACGAUGAAUGCCAGACCUGUGCCCUCCCCAAAUACCUUCACAACAGCACCUGUGUGAGUGAGUGUCCAGCUGGUACGUACAACACGAGACAGGAGGCUGAUGGAACAGAGCUGGGAUUCUGUUUGCCUUGUGACCACGUCUGCUCCACCUGCACUGGGGCAUCACCAAAAGAUUGCCUCACAUGUUCCCCAGGAUACCUACGUCUCCUUCACCUAUGUGUCACCCAUUGUCCCACAGGGUAUUACAGAGCGGGCUCCCGCUGUGAGAAAUGUGACCAGUCAUGUCAGCUGUGUACGGGACCAGGGCCUGAGUCCUGCAGGGCCUGUUUACCUCCUCUUCUGGAGCUGCAAGGCACUAAGCUGUGUUUGGAGCGUUGCCCGCACCGCUUCUAUCAGCUUGACGACAUCUGCAAACAGUGCCACAUCAGCUGUCAGACCUGCACAGAUGCCUCACCUCAGGGCUGUCUAACGUGCGACAGGGGCAGCACUCUUAAGGACAACAUCUGCUAUCCACGCUGUGAGGAGGGGCAAUACUUCUCAGAAGAGGAAACCUGCGAGCCAUGUGACAGCUCAUGCAGGCAUUGCACCGGCCCUAGAACUGACCAGUGUCUGACAUGUCACCGAGACUCUGGUCUUCACGCUGUGGAGAACCGCUGUGCCCGCUGCUGUCAGGCUGGAGGGAAUGAAACUGGUUGCUGUGUUUGUGACAGCCGUUCAGCUCUGUGUGUGGAGGCUCCCAAACCAAAGUCAGGAGAUGACCGGGCAACAGACCUGAGUACAUCAUCUAGAGUUCUCAAGCACACCUCAGCCACCUUGCCUAUUGCGUUGCUGCUGGCUCUGGGGUUGGCUCUGGCUGUGUUUGCCUUAGUCAAGGCUCAUGCCAGGAAAAGGCUUUGCUGGAGCCAGAGCUACGAGAGACUGAGUGGCAGCGCCAGUAUCAACAUGCCUCACGGCGUGCCCGAGCCAGAGAGUGGGGAUGAGGUGGAUGUGGUGUACACCAGUAGAGGAGGAUCGGUAUAUCGACGCUACAGCUUCAUCCAUGAACAGGACACAGAUGCGGAUCAGGAUGUGGACGAGAGCACUUGUCUCAACCAGUCUUAGGUUAAUCCCACCUAGAGUUUGCAGUAGCUGAGGAAAAUACUGUGGAUGCUUACAAUAUCAAGGCUCAUAUUAAAUGAAUUCAAAGUAGUUUAGUUAAAAAUGUUAAAAAUAGAAUGUGGUGGUAUUUUUCUUUGGAAUGAUGAGUUAUGGUGUUUAUUGUAUUCUACAAAGUGCCUGUAUCUGUAUACUGUAAUGCAAAUUCCUAGAAGAGCAUUUGUGAGUAAAUAGUGAAAAAAAUACAUAUAUGUGUGUAUAUGUAUAAAAACAUAAAAUAUGACUUUUUCUUCUUUUUUUUACGUGCUAAUUAAAGUAUUUGUGAAACGGUGAAAUGAUCAUGUAUGAUAAGUGAAUUCCAACAUCAUUUAUUGUAAAUAGAAAUAUACAUGUAAUAAAGUCUUUUAUACUUGA